GCAACCGGUAGAGCAAUGUUCGGUACAAACGAACACGGAGCUAUUUUGAAACAGUCCAGAGCAGGGAUGAAGAGGCCCAGGAGCCCCGGGCUGCUGGAGAAUGUCCUCCUGCCGAAGGCCGAGGAAGAGGAGGAGGACGAAGAAGAGGAGCGAGCCGCCCCUGGGCGGAGGCCUAAGCGGGAGAGGAGACAGAGCAGUGUGACUCUGUGUGAGGUGUGUAACAUCCAGCUUAAUUCAUUGGCCCAGGCCCAGAUCCACUACAACGGCAAGACUCACCAAAGAAGGCUUCGCCAGUUCAAUCUCGCCAAGGCCUCCAAUGCCACGCACACACACACAGACAGGUUGGCUGACAAUGUCACGAAAAUGAUGUGCGAGCUUCGAUGGGGCCUGAAGCUAUCCAUUGUUGUUAUUCUGAACUGUCAGAUAGCUAUCAACAAUGACAAGAAGCUGCCGUGUGGGAAAUCGUAG